GCCAUCGCGCUAAAGUCAGCCCGCGCUCGCGGACUCGGUCUUGAACUUCUUAACUUCAGCUCCGCAAACCACCCACCACCACCUAUUCCACCGCACCCACUCGCUCGCACACUGCCGCGGCCGAUGACUGUGCUAACACUCCUCCCUUCUUCAGUGGCCGUCCAGGCAUUAGUAGUCUGAUCCGAGACUCCUCCACAACACUACCUCCCUCUCACCUCACACCUUCCUCGAGACCCAUCCUCAUCGCUCGUCGACAUGGCGGCCGACGUAGCGAUGGACGACAUCGAUAUUGACUUCGAUCUCGACCCCGAGAUUGUAAGACUACAAGCAGAAGCAGAUGCGAUCAAUGCGGUGCGUCUCGAUGAAGGUCAAAAACAUCAACAACCCUUGACAAAUAACUGACACCCCAGAGCAGCGCGCUGAAGCUGAGGCCGCAGCUGCCGCCACCGAGGCGAUGAACGGGGUGGAAGAGGCCCCAGAAGAAGGAGAAGUGACAGACAAAGCCCCAGCGUCGGACAAAGUUCACGUGCGCGGGCUGGACAACCUCAACACCUACGACAUCGAGGGAUGGGUGGAAGUGCAUCACUCCAACGAUCUGUUCAAGAGGGUGGAAUGGAUCGACGAUACCUCCGCCAACCUCAUCUAUGACACCGAGCUCGCGGCUGCCGAAGCGCUAAACACAUUGUCUGCGGAACAGGUCGCGGAUCCUCUGCAGCUCCGCGCGGCAAAGAGAUUGACCUCUCACCCGGAUCAAGAGCUGUACAUACGGCAGGCCAUUCUGGCUGAUGUGAAAGCUCCUCGCGCCAAAGAUCGCAGCAAGUUCUACCUGUUCAACCAAGAGUGGGAUCCCGACAACCCGGACAACAUCAGACCCGACAACCGCAAGCGACGAUGGCAGGACGAUGAUCGGCGCGAUCGAAAGUACCGACGUCGAGAUUAUGGCAGCAGGCGGAGCUCCCCGGAGCGCAACCAGUUCCACGAAAGCAUGUACGAUGAUGACCCGAAGCCUGUAGUUGCUGCCAGAAAGCCCAGCUACUCAUCCGAAAGCGAGCAUGGCAGACGCAGAGGUCGAUACAACGACGACCUCGUACGAAACACCGCCAAAGGAAGACUUCGAGACCGCAGCGCUUCUCCGGGGCGCGACGGUGACGGCAGGUAUGGGUUUGCAGAUGUUCAUCCACCCCGCAACACAGCAAGGCCGCGAUCCCCCAGGCCCUCCGGCAUCCGUCCUGGCAGAGACAAUUCGCGCGCUCGCGAUGACUUGCGUAAAGAGCUGUUCCCCGACAAGCGCGCGGCAACAUCAUUGAGCAAUGACCGUACAAACGGCAACUCGGCCGACUUGUUCGCCAAUCGCCCCGUCCCCUCCAAGCCAGCUCGUGAACUCUUCCCCGAGCGGCUCAACGGAACCAGCCACAGACGUCAAUCCGCCAAAGACAUCACAGCCAACGAGGUCGCGGACGCCAUCGGUCGAAGAUCAGAGGACACGACACAAGGAAAGGGAGAUCUCUUCUCGCGCAUCAGCGGUGGUCCGAAAGGGGAAUCGUCGUAUGGACGGCUCCGAGAUCCCGCGCAGGAGACCGAGAACGGCAGUGAUGGCUUCAGCUUCAAAGGGGCGGGACGCAGCAGCGACAACAGCGGCUUCAGCAUCCUCGGCGCUAGUCGCGAGAGGGUGCAGAACCCGCUAGUCAAGGAAUUGUUCCCGUUGAAAGCGAGCGGCACAAACGGCGCGGGAAAGGACUUGUUCGAUGGGCGGAUCAAGGGACGCGCGAGGCGCAGAGCGGAGGACCUCAUCUAGAAUGUGAGAGCCUGUGCUGCGUCUAGAUGUGAUGAUGACGAGAUGGCGCGGCGCUGUAGCGCGCGCUAGGUACCUAAGAGGUACUGUAUAAGGAGCUUGGCCCGCUUCGGUUAGUGAUGAUCGACAUGAUGUGCCAUAGCAAAGUACCGAGACACGCUGCAGAUCGCGCGUGGAGAUUUGAUUGCUUAGUUGAAAAUACACCGCUCCUACGGAAUCGCGCGCCGCAAGGACGCGUCUCCAAAUAACAAACUCAGACACAAGGGAUUGUCGGCGCCAGAGAACAAGUCCCGCUCACUCAUUUCCCCUGUACCGAGACAUUUCCAGUCCCAAGUUCCGCCAAAUUGGCCAGAGGCGCUAAGAAGUAGGCGAAUGUGACGAGGGGGAUGAAACGUUGAGAUGCGAAUCUUAAUCAAAAGG